AUGCAACACAUAAGUGUUAUCGAUCGGUCCAGGCGUAAACCGCAGCUUGGAGAGAGCCUUCUCCUGUGCAACAUGGAAGACUUCAUCUUAGGCGCAGCUUACUCCUUGGGACCAUCCACUAAAACCCACGAGAGAACUACCAGUAGACACCACCCCUACUGUCCCAACACCUACUGUCCCAACACCUACUGUCCCAACACCUACUGUCCCAACACCUACUGUCCCAACACCUACUGUCCCAACACCUACUGUCCCAACACCUACUUUCCCAUCACCUACUGUCCCAACACCUACUGUCCCAACACCUACUGUCCCAACACCUACUGUCCCAUCACCUACUGUCCCAACACCUACUGUCCCAACACCAACUGUCCCUACACCUAUUGUCCCAACACCUACUGUCCCAACACCUACUGUCCCAACACCUACUGUCCCAACACCUACUGUCCCAUCACCUACUGUCCCAACACCUACUGUCCCAUCACCUACUGUCCCAACACCUACUGUCCCAACACCUACUGUCCCAACACCUACUGUCCCAACACCUACUGUCCCAACACCAACUGUCCCAACACCAACUGUCCCAACACCAACUGUCCCAACACCAACUGUCCCAACACCUACUGUCCCAACACCUACUGUCCCAACACCAACUGUCCCAACACCAACUGUCCCAACACCAACUGUCCCAACACCUACUGUCCCAACACCUACUGUCCCAACACCAACUGUCCCAACACCAACUGUCCCAACACCUACUGUCCCAACACCUACUGUCCCAUCACCUACUGUCCCAACACCUACUGUCCCAAUACCUACUGUCCCAAUACCUACUGUCCCAUCACCUACUGUCCCAACACCUACUGUCCCAACACCAACUGUCCCAACACCUACUGUCCCAACACCAACUGUCCCAACACCAACUGUCCCAACAGCAACUGUCCCAACACCUACUGUCCCAACACCAACUGUCCCAACACCUACUUUCCCAACACCAACUGUCCCAACACCAACUGUCCCAACACCAACUGUCCCAACACCAACUGUCCCAACACCUACUGUCCCAACACCAACUGUCCCAACACCAACUGUCCCAACACCCACUGUCCCAACACCAACUGUCCCAACACCAACUGUCCCAACACCAACUGUCCCAACACCUACUGUCCCAACACCAACUGUCCCAACACCCACUGUCCCAACACCAACUGUCCCAACACCAACUGUCCCAACACCAACUGUCCCAACACCUACUGUCCCAACACCAACUGUCCCAACACCAACUGUCCCAACACCAACUGUCCCAACACCAACUGUCCCAACACCAACUGUCCCAACACCAACUGUCCCAACACCUACUGUCCCAACACCAACUGUCCCAACACCAACUGUCCCAACACCUACUGUCCCAACACCAACUGUCCCAACACCAACUGUCCCAACACCAACUGUCCCAACACCAACUGUCCCAACACCAACUGUCCCAACACCAACUGUCCAUACACCAACUGUCCCAACACCUACUGUCCCAACACCAACUGUCCCAACACCAACUGUCCCAACACCAACUGUCCCAACACCUACUGUCCCAACACCAACUGUCCCAACACCUACUGUCCCAACACCAAUUGUCCCAACACCUACUGUCCCAACACCUACUGUCCCAACUGUCCAAUGAGAAUACAGGGCGAAAUUACUCGGUCCUGUAAACAUGGUUAA